AGUGCAGAGCGCAGUUCAUACUUCCAAGCCGCUAAAGACGGAUCCGGAUAACAGGGGCGUGAGGACUUUCUCCUUUGGGCACAUCUUGGCAUUUUCAUUUAUUUCAAAUUUAUCCGCCGUUUCUUGCUCUUAUCCUAUGCUCAAGUAUUUUCAGUCUUCGCUGUCCUUUUGGUAGUCUUAUGUUCAUCAGAUUCAAGUGUCUGAUGACUUCCAAGUCAUUGCCAGUUUUUAAGCGAUUUGGAAAGUUUGGCUCAAACCAUAUCAUGAGUUUUCUGAUAUUGUCAAGUGGCCAAUGAAGAGACGUUUCCCACCUCAGCUGUUAAUAUGAGAUGGAAUAAUAUGGGACUGGCGAUUACGCGUCUGUGUCGAGCAAGGAUUCUCUUUUUGUUCCGCUCAAAAAUCCAACAGAAAGCGAUGCUUGAUUCCAAAGAUCGCAUGUUUACCUCAAUGGAGCCACAGUGAUUUGACUUGCAUUCUUUACAUGGCUUCGCGACGGGUCUAAGAUGUAACAAGAGGCCUGAAAUCCUCUACUCUACCUGCACUGUCUUCAAAUCAUCUACUCACUUGGAAAUAUGCAUGUCACCAGCUAGGGGUUGAGAAAUACGUAGCUCACAGUCAUCAAGACGAUUCUCAAAUAAAUUUGGACGAGAAUCGACCGGCCAUCCCGAAUACGGCAUUGUUCGUAUCGAGUCUGUUCACCAAAAAACUGUUCCCUCCCAGCAAUCUCCGAUAUGGAAACAGUCACAAGACGAUAUUUGUCACCGAGUCUAGCAUUCUACCCCAAAACACGCAAAGGCAAGACUACGUAGCGUUCUGCACAUGUCUCCAUUUCUCAGCUACAACUUCCAGUCCGCAUCGGCUUUCCGCCCUUCCUUGCUGCCCUAGUUUGCAAGUCACCAAUAUGGCCUCCACCUUCCAGGCAACUCCCUCCCCUGACCAUAAAACGGCCGCCUCUGCACCUCCUGAUGCCUCAUCGGAUCCUGUCCCAUCGCGACUUGUUCUCUCCAUCUCUGGAUAUCCAUUUGGUAUUGAGGAUUCAUCUGUUGGUGAGCUUCUAGGUUUGCUUGGCUAAGUGGUGGUCGAUGAGGAACGAGCGCAGUCUGGAGACUCAUGUUGAAGCGGCGGAACCAGGUGUCCAUUUUGCUUACCUUUCUUUUGUUGUAUUAUCUACUCCUCUACUUUCCUGCGAACGUGGAACUAGCCUUUAAUUCUUGUACGCUCUAGAUCAGGGGUUGCUUUUGAGUAUAUGUUGGAGAUCUGUUGGGUUUCAGAGGAAUCAGGUCUUUGAGGGAGAAAGUCACUGUUUUUAUACAAAGAAAUCAAACAACGUUAUUGGUAGCGAUGUUUGUGGAGGAUUCGAACAACAGAAUCAAUGAGCUGUUCUACAUUCUGACGUGUUCCAGGAAGAUGAGACGUUCAAUCCUCGCACCCUUUCGAUCUGAACCGAGUCAGCAACAGCAGAGCAAUCCGAGUCUUGAAUUCAGCAAGUUAGGUAGAAUCCCGCAAAACAUCAAAUCGCCUACAGACUCAGAACAAGCAAACGUUACUUAGGUGAUUCACAAAUGUCCUGCGUGUUCGGAUGAGCAGUUUGUGAGCCUGAGUGUACUGUUUUGUUCCUAUACAGAAUGACCGCUCGUCGUUGGAUGACUCCAACAGGAGGACUCGUCAGUUGAAUCACCUAAUCCACCAUGGUAUACUUUACAUAUUUCUUUCCCCUAUCACAUUGAGCACCUCAAAAUAUCUUCGGCAAGUUGACCUUCUCUGUAUCUUUUUCUUCUUCAACAUACGAAAAACAACUACACAAAUCAAGCGUUGAUCCUAGUCCAAGAUGAAGCCAACCGCCAACCUAAAAUGCCACCUCCACUACCCAAGUCCACAACUUCUCCCAUUCCUCCCACACCUAAAGCUUCCAACUCAUCCCUAGCAGUCCAGAAAUGCCACUACACCCUCAACGCCUACGUCUGCACCCACAAAACCUGGCCUUCCUCCUGCCCACCCAGCUUUAACACCUCCACAUCACCUUCCUCACCCUCUCCCUCAUCUCCCUCCGCCUCAAAAACACCCCGCAUAAUCCACAGCCCACCAUGUCCAUUCUCCUCUCCUAUUUUAUCCAGAACCAAGAACAGCACUCAGAACUCAAACAUCCUCCGCUGUUUCAACAUGGAGAAGACGCCCCGGAUACAGCAAAUACCGCAACUGUGUCCGAAAUGCAGACCGUUCACACUUGGAGUGGGGAGGGGUGGGAAGGGAAUCAGGGAGUUUGAAAUUGAGGUUCCUUUUGAGGGGCAGUUGAAGAUCGAGAAAGGGAGUGAGGGAGCCGCGGAUUUGAAAGUUAAGGUUCAGGACGAGGAUGCGGACGGGAAUGGAAGUAUACAAUCUAAGGGAGAUGAAAGCAAAAGCAAACUUAAGGCCAGCCGGCUGGAGCCCGAGCCGCUUAUAAUCCCCUCCUCGGAAAACGGCUCCCCCGAAUUUCCUCCUCCUUCAUUUUCGAUAUUCAAAAGAGUUCUCGGCGCAUUGAUACCCGGAUCUAGCGCGUCUCCGCCAACCGACACUCCAGUUCAAGUCAUAGACGACGAAACUACGAGUGAGAACGAAAACGAGGGCACUUUAACUAUCGAGGGGACCAAACAAGACGUGAAAGGAAAGAGUAAGGAUAAGAAGAGUUGGCAUCAAGUAGAGCAUGGUCCAGAGUGGGAGAUCCCAGGUUGGGAGAUUGUCGGGAGGGAGAAGAGCUGAUCUUGAUUUUGCCAGCAGGCAUGUCGAUAUCUCAUUCCCAAAAAUUCUCUCAGAAGAUGAAACAUAACUACUAGAAGAUUAUUAGUAUUGCAUGAGUAAGUUGGAUGGUUGAUGGUCUGGUCUGAAGUAGCACUAGUGAAUCGA